UGGAAAAAGUAAGUAAUAUAGAAGUGGAUAAUAAUAGAGAAGUGAAUAAUAUAGAGAUGAGAAAAGUGAAUAAUAUAGAAGUAAAUAAUAAUAAAGAAGUGAAUAAUAUAGAGAUGAGAAAAGUGAGUAAUAUAGAAAUAGAAAAUUGGAAAAAGUGGAUUAAUAUAGAAGCAGAAAAAGUGAAUAAUAUAGAAGUGGAAAAGUGA